UGUGUUUUGUGAACAGUCGGACAGUGAGAACAGUAUGAGUCAGUCUCAGACAGCUGUAAGUGGCUCAACUGAGCGACACCGAGGUGAACCAUCAACAGCGGUGAAUCCAGAGCGGCCACUGACUGUAGACCAGAGAAACAGUGAUUCUAUGAACGGACAACAUGGCAGCGUUGAGUCUGACUCAUUAGCGAGGAGAGGACUAAACCUGGCGCACAAAGCAGGGUCAGAGGAAAACCCAUCAUCAGCCACUUCAGUCCCCAAAACAAGUUGCCCCCUGCAAGCUCGCAGCUUUGUGGAUGGAGAUGCCCUCUCUUUUGGGUUGACCAGCCUAAUGGACCGUGCAAGGACUAAAGAGCAUCGCUCUCGAUUGAAAGCUGCCGAACGCAAAGAACCUCAAGAGGAAAGCAAAGAAAAGAUUGGUGAAAGUGAAACUGCCUCAGAAGAACCCCAACCAUCCACCCCUGCAAUCAGUUCACUUCCUAGACCUGACCCUCUUGCCCCUCCUGUUGGUUUUUUACCUUCUAAACUGAAUCCUCUUACCCCUCCCACUGGAUUCUUUGCAGUCGCAAAGCCUGAUCCUUUGGCUUCACCUGCUGGUUUCAUUCCAACUCCUAAACCAAAUCCUUCUGCUCAACCUACACCCAAACCUGGUCCUCUGGCACCACCGGUGGGAUUCAACUCAGCUCCUAAACCAAACAUUUCGACACAAUCUACAACCAAGGCUGAUCCUCUGGCACCACCGGUAGGAUUCAACUCAGCUCCUUAACCAAACAUUUCGACACAAUCUACAACCAAGAUUGAUCCUCUGGCACCACCGUUAGGAUUCAACUCUGCUCCUAAACCAAACAUUUUGACACAAUCUACAACCAAGGCUCAUCCUCUGGUACCACCGGUAGGAUUCAACUCAGCUCCUAAACCAAACAUUUUGACUCAAUCUACAACCAAGACUGAUCUUCUGGCACCACCGUUGGGAUUCAUACCGGCUCUUAGACCAAACUCUUCCACUCAGCUUAUGCCCAAACCUGAUCCUCUGGCACCUCCGGUGGGAUUUUUUCCCGCCCCAAAGCGAGACCCUUUUGCCCCAGUGGCAGGAUUUAUCCCCAAGCCCAAAGUUGACCCAUU